AUGGCGACCAUCAGCGCUCAUCGUCCUUUCCAUGCCUGGGGUCAAGAGCCAUCCAAUCAUCAUAUCCAUACCCUGCGCGCCGAGCCUCGCCCUCCUCUCAGAUUCACAAACCAGCGCUACAAUGGCUCCGCCGCGUCCAGCCUGCGUCACGAUAAUGACAAGGCAGACUACCGCGAGAUACAAAUACUCCCGACCCCUGACGAGAUCCUUGCAGUUGACAGCGCUGUAUACAUGCCGAAGAAAGAUCUUCGUCAUGCACACCAUCUGCCAAAUGGGCCUAAGCGACAUCUCGAUUCCCUCUUCCGCCAGAUGCGCUGUGACAGCAUAGAGCACAUCCGAGAUAUCUGCUACACUGCAGCUCAGCAAGUGUUCUUACAAGUCGACCCAUAUGGCAGGCCUCAGCCAAUCUCCUAUGAACGAAUCCUUCAUGAGACACUAGCAGGCCACAGAUUCUUUCUGUAUCACGAUAUUAAAUUUGAAGAACUUCUUGCACAUGAGAGCAAGGGAAUACUUGUCCGUGCAAGCUACCAUUGUCCAUCAUUCAUGAGAGGCCGUAGGAUGUAUGGCUCCGGCCGCUUCCAAGAAGGCAUGCUUGUUGCCCUGCUUCAGCUUGAUCGCAUUACCAAUGAACUUUCGGUCUUCUUCCUUGAGGUCAGCCUUUCUCAAUCUACAUACUCCAUGGAUAUGUCUGGCGGUGGUGGCGAAAGAGCAGCAGUGCAGAUGUCGUUCUUACCUACUUCUACUCGCGAAGAUGUUUUACAAUUGAGCCGUCAUGUCCUUGGACUCUGCUCCGACACCGACACGGCUCUUGUUGAAUUUCCAAAGGUGCUUUUUGCUGGCUUCUACAACUGUCUAAAAAGACUACAAGAGAUGGGGGAGACUGACUUCGCAUUUCAAAAUUACAUUGCGCCUAAGGUCAGCCCACAAGAUGCCAUAUCAAUGGCCAGACGCAAUGUCCCUGGUGGCGGAAUUCCGACCGUGACUUGCCCACCUCCGGCUUAUGCACAGAAAGAGGAGUUCCGAUAUGAUCUCAGCUCUGUGCUGUCAUCGACAAACCGGACCAAGUCCAUGUCGGUUCAAGAACUGUUGCGACCGUCAACAAUCGAUAUUUUGAGGCGUGAGACGUCUCUUGAUGAAGGACAAGCUAUGGCCUUCAGAGAUGGUCUGAUCAGCGAACUUGCGCUCACGCAGGGCCCACCGGGCUGUGGCAAGACAUUUCUCGGUGUCCAGUUGACAAAGGCUUUGUUAUCAUCGCGGCCAACACAAAAGCCCAUUCUGUUAGUGUGUCUGACAAAUCAUGCACUCGACAAUUUCCUCCAGGAUUUACGUGAUGCACAAGUUACGGGGUUGCUUCGUGUCGGUGGAGGCAGCAAAGAGAAAUGGACUGAGGCCAUUAAUCUCCAGACUAUGAGAAAGAAAUCUCGACCUCGCAAAGCUCCACCAGAGAGGAGCAUCAUCAGCUCACGGAGGAAGGAAACAUUUGCAGAGGUAGAUAUCAUGUGCAAAGCCAUCUCAUCGAAACACCACACUGGAAAGGUGCCAUGGCAAUAUGUUGAAGACAUUUUGUUUGAAAAAUACCCUCAUUUCCACGGACAACUCUCCACUAAUGCUCCAUCUGUCUACGCAAAGGCGUUCGCCUUCGAGCAUUGGUAUGGAGGCGGAGAUUUAGAGAGUAUUCGGGACCUACACUUCGAGCUUGCCACGAGACUCAACGAAGUUCUACGAGAACGUGACCGUAGCUCCGCCAAAGAUGUCGAUGCCAUUCUGCAAGACAUUUCCUACUUUACCAAACAGCAGAGCGAAGAAGCUGGUGACAGAAGCCUUUGGAAUUUACCAUAUCCCGAACGUCAGGCCCUUCUACGCCAAUGGGAGGCUGAGGUCGACACUGAGAGGUUUGCUGCUAAGCUGACUGGUCUGCACUUUGAAUAUAAAGACCUGGUCUCUGCUGCCAACGACUUGAGCCAUCAGAGAGAUAUCAAGAUCAUGGGCGAUUCCAAUGUCAUUGGAAUGACGACCACAGGAUGCGCGGCGCGAUGGAAACAGCUGGCCUCUGUUGGGAUUGAAAUAACUCUUUGCGAAGAAGCGGCAGAGGUUAUGGAAGCACAUACACUAUGCUCACUGCUCCCGACAGUUCAACAUGCGAUAAUGAUUGGCGAUCCAUUACAACUGCGGCCUGAGACGGACCAGCAGAUGCUUACGUUGGAAACACAAAUUGGCAUGGAUUACCGACUAGAUGAAUCACUCCUGGAACGUCUGAUGCUACCGAAAGACCCGUCCUCUUCGGCAGUCGCAUCAACUCAUCUAAACAUUCAGCGUCGCAUGCAUCCGACCAUUGCCAACAUAGCACGCAUCUUUUACCCCUAUCUGAGAGAUCACAAAUCCACAUUGGACAAUCCUCCCACGGUUGGACUUGUGCACAGAAUGUAUUGGUGGGAUCAUCGCAUUCCUGAGCUGGAAGCAGACGAUCUGAAGUCUCAUGUCAAUCUCUACGAAGUUGAGAUGGUGGUUGGACUUGUCACUUACCUCCUUCGCGGAGGUGCUUAUGACCAGGGCGACAUUGCCGUUCUGACUCCUUACGCCGGUCAGCUUUCUAAGCUUAACGAACAACUAUCCACCACAUGUAACAUCUGGCUCAGCGAAAAAGAUCGUCAGCUGCUCAUCGACGAAGAAGUAUUAGGCUUGGUCCCAGAAGGCAGAUUAGCCAAAGACGAAGUUCCCAUGGCUGACAUGUUAAGAAUCGCCACAGUCGACAACUUUCAAGGUGAAGAAGCGAAAAUUGUCGUUCUAAGUACGGUUCGGAGCGGAGGCAGCGCGGGCUUUCUCAAGAGUAUCAAUCGUAUCAAUGUUGCGUGUAGCAGAGCACGAGAGGGCUUUUACAUCAUUGGAGACACGCAAACCUUGUCAAAAGUACCAAUGUGGAGACAGGUCAUUUCUGCUUUUGAUGGAAACAUUGGUGCUUCACUGUUGACUUGCUGCAGUACGCACCCAGAGCACUGCCACGCUGUACAACAGCCCUCCGACUUCCAGAUGGUUCCCAUCUGCGCUGCCGUCUGCGGUCAACGCUUGGAGUGUGGUCAUGAUUGCCAACAGAUGUGCCACCCGCCGCGCCUCCACGAUCGUAUUGCCUGCCAAGAGGCAUGUCAGGAAGUCUUCCCAUGUGGCCAUCCUUGUCAAAAACUAUGUUAUCAAGAUUGUGGAAGUUGUGACUCAUCUAGAGGGGACUUCAUCCUGCCAUGUGGACACCAGGGCACAUCUCUUUGCUCUGGGCAGGUUUCAAAGUGCAAGGUCGUGGUCUCACAAAAGCUACUAGACUGUGGCCAUUCUCUAACGGUCAUAUGUGGUGACGACUCCACGCAGAAAGACUUCUGCUCAGCUCAAUGCCCAUCGAUCUUGUCUUGCGGUCAUCCGUGCACCGCUCAAUGCGGCACUUGUCAGCAGAAUCAGAGCCACAAAAUCUGCCCUUUCAGAUGUGGACAACAGAAACUUUGUGGUCAUGUUUGCAAACUGGACUGUCACCACGGAUCACCUUGUCCGAAUUCUUGUUCGGAGCCAUGUGCAGAUUCUUGCGAACAUGGUCCAUGUCCAGGUCGUUGUUCCGAUACAUGUGAGCCCUGUAUCAAACUAUCCAAGCCUAGAUGUGAGCACGAGAACUCGGCAAACGUAUUGUGUUGCCUACCCAGCACAACUCUCCCCUGCUGUGUACCAUGUCCUAAAGUCUUGGAGUGCGGCCACCCUUGUCCUUCUCUGCAUGGCGAAGUCUGUCUUCCAGCAAGCCUGUGCCCAACCUGUGUUGCUGGUUUUAUUCCAUACAACCCAAUGCUCUACCUUCCCGACUGUGGUCAUCUAGUCGACGUCUUUGAGCUGGAUAGCAUCAACCUCCACUCGGUCUAUGAGCUUACACCCAAUGGCACAAUCUUAUCGGUCAAUUCCAAUGUAAUUUCUGCCGACCUUCGACUGCCAGUAUGCCAGUGUGGCAAGCCUUGUGCCAAAACACACCGAUAUGAGAGCAUUGCAAAACUUGUCAACUUCGAAGACACCCUUGAUCGGCUUGUGUCGAAAAUGGGUCGCAUUCUACAAAAGUUUGCUACCAAGGUUGACGCCGUUGAAAUAGGACUCGUCGACAAUUUUGGCCAAAGUGUUGAGAAUAUUAGGCCAAAUCCAAUGGCCACGAGAGCAAAUACUGACCUCAUUCUUCGUCGGGAUCGUGAUGCUCUCGACCUCCAAAAAGAGAUCGUCAAGGUGCGUAACGAGGUCAUCGACCAUAUUCAGUCUCAGAUAUCCAAAGUCAGCGAAUCAUUUCCAAACGUUGCAAAGACAUAUGAACUGCCAUUCCGAUUCCGUUUCGACGUUUUGGAAUAUCGAAUCAUUGGAAUUCGCAUCGCAGACUCCUUGCAGAUGGCCGGGUAUCUCCUCGACCUCCGCGAUCCGUCUUAUGGCGUUCAGAGACAAGGAAUGACCAUGCUGGAGUAUGCGUACAGAGAGUCAGUGGCGUGUGCCAACUGCUGUGAGGAAAUGCUGAAGAAUGACCGCAUUACAUUGAGCCCUUUGAUCGACGUUGAGCUGCGCCUGCACCAAAUCCAGUUUGGUCUCUUCGCCGUCGCCACAAGAGGCAAAAUGAGAGUGCUGGGUACUUCAAUCAAAGUUGGUGAUGCGGCGGCCUUGAUCGACGAUGCUGCCACUGUCAAAGACAAGCUGAAGAAAGUCAUGGACAUCUGCGAGCAUUACCCCAACACGCACAAGCUUUUGCUGGAGACUGCCACCGACUUCAUGCAGGCACUUGAGCGUUCAGAGUUCAUGGCAGACACACUCAACGUCCCCAAGAUCAAGAAUCGAGGCAUGAGAGACAUCGAGAAGCGGUGGGGCCACUAUGAGGUUGGCUCGCCCGAGGUUUGCGACAAGGGACACGUCUAUUCGGCAAGGACGUUCCCAGAGGGUUUCUGUCCUGAAUGCGGAACCAUGAGCAUGACGGACAAGGAGAUUUACCAAGAGACGUCCAAGCAUCUCUUUGAGGAUCGGUUCCUGGAGGCAAUGCGAGCAAGAACCUCGCAGGCUACUACUAGUAGUAGUCUUGCUAAGGUCGCAGAGAAGGAGGUGUCCAACGAGGACAAGUUUUUGUUGGCGAUGAGACAAAUUGGCAAGAAGUGAGGUGAGGUGAGAGGUCGAGGUCAAGACCAAGAUUGAGAUAGUCAAAAGUGC